GGCUCUGCGCCCGUGUCCCGGUCUGCGACACCGGGCGACCCCAGACCGCAGGGGGAUCGGGGAAUCCCGCACGGCGCGUGGGGAGCGCCCACGGUCCCCGAGGGGUCUCCUUCCCCCCGAGCCUCGGGAGCGACCCCGGGCCUGGGGGCCGCAUCGCCCCUCCGCCCGGACGGUGCCCAAGCUGAGACCGGCCGCCCCAGCCGGCCCGGGGACGGGGCGCACCCACCGUGUGAAGCCCCCGCCCAUGGGGAAACCCCGCGCCCCCGCCAGGGCGGACCGAGGGCCCGGGCGCUGCUGCCGCCGCCGCUGGGGCUGCUGCUCGCGGCCGCGCGGUCGGGACGCGCAGAUUUACCGGAAGCUUUAGUUUUGUCUUUUACUAUUCCUGCGUAAGCUGGAUGGGAAGAAACGACUCCUGUCUUAUGCACAUAUCAAGCCUUCAACCAACAGAUGUGAAUUUGCUUGCUCUAUUUUUAAUCAAAGAGAGAAAUAAUUGGGUUGGGAGGCUGACAUUAGAAGGUAGUGAUAUUCUUGGCUUCAAAGCAAAAUUUGGGAAAAGAAGAAACUUGUCUGAUCCAUGAAAUUCAGAACAUCUUUGAUGCUCCCUCAGGGCAGACACAACACACACUCUCACCUCCGCUCUGUAAACUCUCCAGGCACAGAAGUUUCACUGGAAGUGCAUCCCUGUCGCUUGUCAAACUCUACCCUGUUGGCCCCUUCCCAGGUCUAAUUCCUCGGUGAAGAUAAAGAACCGCCGUCAGCGUUGUAGAAACAGGCAUUCCAAGCCAACGAGAGAGUGGGAGAAGAUGGCUUCCCAAGGUCAUGUGUCCCUCUCCUCAAGCCCUUCAGCGGCCUCCGCUGCUCACAGAAUACUUCUGAAUUCUGCUACCAGGUCCCACGUGGCCCGCGCCUGCCUGUCCCUCCAGCCUUACCCACACCCCUGCGGGCCUGCUGUCCUGGACGUUUCCAGCUCCCAGAGCAAGCCGACCCGCUUCCCACCUCAGGGACUUCGUGCUGGCACUUCCCUCCUCCAGAAGGCCCCCAGCCGUCUGCUACCCGCUGUCCCCAGCUGACUCCUGCUGGGAUGUGCCAUCUCACCUCCAGUGUGCCUCCCUCAAGGAGAUCUUCCGCAAAUAGAGAAAAAGUAGAGAGUUUAUUAUGUCUGUCAACAAUGAGCCUAACUUUAGUUUUGAAGCUUUAGAACGCCAUCUCAGUAUUACUAGACCUCUAUGCGUAGGUCUCAUGCUAGAACCAAUGUGCUGUGAUUACCACGGUGAGGACAUUUGUUCAAGUGUCUUCCUUGAUUUAAACAUAGCGGCACUGGGUGUUUUAUUUCACUGAGAAGUUGUUCCAGGACAUACUUCAUACACACACAUGAUUCAGAGUUCCAGAUAGACUGCACACGAGUCAGAAUGACCCAUUAAGUGGAGGUGUGGCGUAAUUUUCAGAAGCAUUCAAAGCUGCUUGGUAAUCAAGCUGGGAAAUGCUAUGUUGGGCAAAAAUAAGAUGACAGGGCAAGCAUUCCUUGAGAAAUCCUCGUCUGUUCACUCGGCUUCACAGCCCCGCAGCCCUCUGACCAGUGAGAGCCCUGCAGCUGUGCCUCGUCAGGAGCACCUGGUGUUUCCGCCGCAAACACAGGAAUACAGAGCUCGGAGCCGCCCGCCCACCCCGUCCCCACAGCCAGCAGCUGGGAAAGCUCAGCCUCCUCACUGGGGCUGCUGCAAAUGGUCUUGCUGGUGUCUUAGUCCUAUUCUUGCCCCAUCCAAUCUUUUCUCCCCUCAGUAGUGAAGUAAUCCAUUUGAAAUAUAAGUAGGUUCAUGGCUUCCCCUGCUUCAAAGACUCCAAUAUGUUCCCGCUGAAUUUCAGUUGUAAUCCAAAUUCCUUCCCAGGGUUUAUGAAGACUGGGGACCAAGCCACUUUGUCCUUCUGUUUCAUCGUGGCCACUCUCCUCUCCUCACUUUUUCCAGUUACACUGAUCAUUCGACAGUCCAAGGACAUUGUCUCUUUUGAUGGGCUCUUUCCCAUCUGGGGGUCUCUGCCCUCCCACCCCACAGCUGACUCCUCAGAGCCUGUCUUAGUAGGUUCUGUGACCUGCUGCUCCAACCUCAUUCCCUUCCAGAGCCUCAUCACCAAAUCUGUAGGUACAUCUUGGUUUCUUUGUUGCCCUGUUGAUGGUGUCUCUCUCCCGCUAGUUGGGAGCUCCCUAAGGGCAGGAGCGUAUCUCUUUGUUCGCCCUUAGACAGCCACAUCGUAGCACCUGUCUCAGUUUCCUGGAGCUGCCCUAACAAAGCACCACAAACCGGAUGGCUUAGAACCACAGAAAUUUGUUCUCUCCCAGUUCUGGAAGCUGGAAGUAGGAAACCAGGCGUGGGCAGGGCCGCGCCCUCUCUGAAGCUCUGGAGGGUUCUCCUUGCUUCUUGCAGCUCCUGGGUGUCCCAGGCGGUCCUUGGCUUGUAGAUGCAUCACUCCGAUCUCCCACCCGCAGUGGUGUUCCCCUGGGUCAGUGAGUCUUCACACGGCUUCCUGCUUACAAGGACACCAGUGGUACCGGGUCAGGGGCCUCGCUGGAGGAGGGUCUCAUCUGAGCUAGUUCCGUCUGCAGAAACCCUAUUUCCUAAUAAGGUUGCAUUCAGAAGUAAUGGGGUCUAGGACUUCAAUACAUCUUUUUAGGGAGACAUAACAGCACCUAAUAAAUAUUAGUUGAAUGAAUAAACAUGAAGACUCAUGAAGUGAUAUUCCCCGUCAAUGCAGGUGAGGUUGCCGUGGUGCAUUCUUUGCAGGAGACGAAGAACUGAAGGCCAAGGCAAAUACAUCUCCACAUCCUUACGUUUUACUGUGGUUUCUCAUUGACAGGGGGCCUGUCCUCAGCACUAAAGAGGCACCAGCACAGACCCAGCACAGCCUCCAGGAGUCCCCACCUUCGUAGUCACCAUCCACUGUCUGGGGGACGUGUUAAAGCAGGAGAGCAUUCUAGGCGGAAAUAAAAGAAAAUAUUCUGGAAGGAAAAAGAAAGAGCUUCCUGCUGCAAGAUGUGGUGGGAUCCAAAAAAAUUUCCCUGUGUCCAUGCUGGUCUGCCUAAGCCUACAAAUAUCACCUUCUCCUCCAUAAACAUGAAGAAUAUCCUGCAGUGGAGUCCGCCAGAGGGCCUACAAGGCGCCGAAGUUACUUACACUGUGCGGUAUUUCAUCAGAUACGGGCAAAAGAAGUGGCUGAGUAAAUCCGAAUGCAGAAAUAUCCUCAGGACCUACUGCAACCUCUCUGCUGAAACCUCUGACUACGAACAUCAGUAUUACGCCAGAGUUAAGGCCGUUUGGGGAACGAAUUGUUCCAAAGGGGCACAAACUGGACGAUUCUAUCCUUUUUUAGAAACACGAAUUGGCCCACCAGAGGUUGCUUUGACUACUGACAAGAAAUCCAUUUCUAUUGUUCUGAUGGCUCCAGAGAAGUGGAAGAAAGAUCCAGAAGAAAGUUCUAUUUCCAUGCAACAAAUCUAUUCUAAUCUGAAGUAUAACGUGUCCAUAUAUAACACUAAAGCAAAUAAAACGUGGUCCCAGUGUGUGACCAACCAGAUGCUGGUGCUCAGCUGGCUGGAGCCAGACACUCUGUACUGUGUCCACGUGGCGUCCUUCGUCCCGGGGCCUCCUCGCCUUGCUCAGCCCUCUGAGAAGCAGUGUGUCAGUACUUUGAAAGAUCCAGCAUCAGCGCUGAAGGUUAAAAUCCUCUUCUGGUAUGUUUUGCCCGCAUCGGUUACCGUGUCGCUUUUUUCUGUGAUGGGCUACUCCCUGUACAGAUACACCCGCAUCGGCAAAGAGAAACACCCAGCAAAUCUGAUUUUGAUUUAUGGAAAUGAAUUUGACAAAAGAUUCUUUGUGCCUGCUGAAAAAAUCAUGAUUAACUUUAUCACCCUCAGUGUUUUGGAGGAUGCUAAAAUUUCUCUUAAGGAUGUACGUGUAAUGGAAAAAAGCAAUGAUGCAUCGGCCCUGAGAGAGCCCAGCGAGGACCGGGAGCCCCAUCAGGAGGAAGUCGAGGUGAAACACCUGGGGUACUCUUCCCACUUGAUGGGCGUUCUCUGUGACUCUGAGGAAACCGCCAGGGGUACUUCCCUACCCCAGCAAGAGCCACUCGGCAGAACAACAGCCACAGAUCCGGCAGUCGCUGAAUAUGAAUACAGCCUAAGACCUGCUGACAUCUGUGUGGGACCUGCAGACCAGGAGCUCAAUUUGCAGGAGGAGGGGCCCCGACGAGGACAAUUAUUUGAGCGACAGGCAGCUUCAGCAGACGCAGGCCCACAAACACUGCUGUAUUCAUACGCCCCUCAGCUCAGAGACUUGGACCACCUGCCGCAGGAGCACGUGGAUAGGGAACAGGGGCCAGAGGAAGAGCCGGCCACCACACUGGCCGACUGGGACCCUCGGACCGGCUGGCUGUGUAUACCUUCAAUAUCCAGCUUUGAACACGACCCAGAGAGACGUGAGCGACCUGAGCACAGGGAGCUCCUGGAGGACAGCCUUUUGUCCAGACUCUAUGCAGACCAGGCUCCAGACGGGCCACCAAAGGAAAGUGAGGCCUAUCUCACGCAGUUCAUGGAGGAGUGGGGGUUGUGCAUGCACGUGGAGGACUCACGCCCAGCUUCCCCCUGCAGAUCCCUGUUACGAGGCUCCUGAGUGAGCACAGGAGUGCCGGGACCACAAAGGCCUGGGAUGGCAGACGUGAAUCCGAUUCUUCUGUGUCAGUGAGAACUCCUUCUUCUCUCUAGGCUCCAGCCCUGCUGUCAUUCUGCUUCCUGUGGGUGGUUGGUUCAUGCAUGUGGGUCUCUUAGAGCAACGGGGGACCUAGCGUGCAGGGCGGACCCAUCGCUUUGUACCCAGCUAGUAUCCAAAAAUGUUUGCCAGGUUGGAUGCAGAAUUUAUUCAGGUGGGUGUCCUAUGGCCUCUCUGUUUAUCAUUUCCUGACAAGCACACUUCUGCAGAAGAUACAAUUUCUGCAUGUUUACCCAGGGUAUAGUGUACCAUACUGUAAAACAUUUCAUGAGGACCGUUCCUUUUAUAAUUUUUAGAAUUUGGUUUAUUGCCAGAAAGAUGAGAUACUUAAAACAUACAAAUACUACCAAAUGGUGGUAACUUGGUUACACUUAGGGACCCUGGCUCACUAGCUAAUCCUGGCAGUCCACGGGCAGAGGGAGCACGUUGGGCACAGGUUUUCUUGAUAUCACACACUUUGGGCUACUUGAAGUGGCCAUAUUAAGACUUUAUGAGAAGUUCUGGAGUGUAAACAUAAAUUGUUAUUAAUAUUUUGUUGUCAGAAAGUGUCCUCUCAAUAGCUUAGUAGGGGACUAACCUGAAAGAAAGCGUCACAUUUUAUAAUAAAAUAUUACAUUUACUUCUGGAAAUGUGUUUUUUAAAAAGAUAUUUACAUCGUCUAUAGAGUAGAACAUGUUUAGCAGCAUGAAACCUGUUACUAACAUUAAAUACUCUAUUUGAGUGGGCGAUGCCUCAAAGGCUUCUUGGAAUAUGUAUGAAUGAAUAUCCCUUAUCCACAUAAUCUUAAAAUUAAUAGAUAAACAAGGACUUACAAUAGAAAUAAGUUAAAUUAAUAUGUAAGGGAGAGCGUAUUAAAAAUGUGACAUAAUUUACUGUGGGAACGGAAGUGCACCGUAAGACAACACCAUCGAGUUAAAUUCCAGUAACUGUUCUCUCCUUCACCGUUCACUUAAAAAAUGAAAUUGUACCGUCACACUGCAUUAAAAUAUGACAGAAUCUAUUAAGUUGAACCAUAUAAAAUUGUUACUAUUUGAUGUUCUUGACCUGCAGAAACAGCAAUUUCCUAUGAUUUACCUUCAUGUGUGUUUGUUUUCAUCAUGAACUCAUAAGCCAUCGAUGCUCUUUCAGGAAAACAGAUGUCAUCCGUAUCUCCUUGUUUGUGUUUUUGGCACAGGCAGACAUCCCUGGUAAGAGAGAUGGAUUCUGGAGUCAUGGUCUUUUGAGAUUGUCCACAAAUCCAAACAGUUUCUGAUCUAAUGGUUUAAUUUAGAGCAUAAUUCUAUUAACCAGAGUGUUCUGUUCUUCUGAGUCUUUGUAGAAAUGACUCUGCCAGUUUUGAAGAACAAAUGUGUAAUACUGACUGUGAAAGAAAUUCGGAGGGGAAAGAAUGAGUUGUUACUAAGAGCAAAGAGAAAAUAAAGUGACUGGUGGUAGUUUGGCUUAUUCAUUCCAUUCACAGAAUAUUUACUGAGCACCUGCUGUGUCCCACAGUGUCCUCCCCCAGGAGAGGGGGACCGUCCCCAGGUGGUUCUGAGGAUGAAGAGCUGGAAUACAGAAGGCACUCAGAGCGGAGCCCGGCACACAGCGAGUGCGGGGCGAGUGUUGGCACCAUUCACUGCAGAGUGCAUGCCUAGCCCCAGAAGGAGAAGCCUUUUAGACAGAUGAGUAUUUUGCUUCAAAGGCAGAGUUUGCCUGCCUUUGUUUUUCUCACCUAAAAGUACAAUAGUAAUUUGCUUCCUACUUCAUGCCUUCCGAUUGAAACCCGUCAGUGGGUUCGUAAAAGGGAAUCUAUUUCUGAGUUGCUUUCACAUCUCUUGUCAUUCCAAGCAUGUCAGAGGGAUUGAGCAUUUUUUAAAUGUUGUCGCUUCUCUACUUCGCAACAUAUAUACAUACACACUCACACAUAACCAAACGUGAGCGUACGGUGGGUAUCUCUUGUGGGGAACGAGAGCACGUUCUGAGGUGCUGCAGUGUAUCUGUAGGGGUGACAGCCGCUGUGCCUCCUGCCACCUCUGUGGCCAGGGCAUCCGCAGCUCUAAGAGUCGUGCUCUGGGACCCCCUCCAACCCCAUCCCCAGGGCUGCGGUCCACGUGGAGCUGAGCAGCGGAGGUAUCAGAACCUUUGACAGGCACCGUCAUCCUCUCCCUGGCUGUUCGUCAGUUCUAGGAUUUUACACACCUCUUCCACAGGAGGUAGGUUUUCCUCCUGAAAACAUCUAUUAGUGGCUCUAUUUCCACACCCCAUAAAUUCUAAACAACUGGGUGAAUGAAAAUAACCCCCUACACACAAAGUGAGUGAAACCUAGUGCCACACCUUGCGAUGGAAGGAAGUACGUGAAGAGGGACCCUUUUCCCUGAGCCUACAACAUAGGAGAGGUCUGGUGCCCUGGGCCCAGCUCAACUCAAAAGCAAUCAGUGCGGAGAAGAACUGCUUAUGCAGCCCGGAGCACAGGUCUGCUCAGCCUGCGGAAUCUAAUGAGAACACCAAACAGGGCUCCAUCCGCAAGGGUCACUGCCCCCGGUCAUCAGUCAAGCUCUUUCUGGGCCACACUUUACCAUUCCCACAUCUUGAGAUGAAUUUUUGCUAAAUCGUCUUCGAAGAACUGUUUUUCUCUAUUUCCUUUGUGAUUCCCGUAUCAUACCUUCCAUAAAUUUUCUAUCCACAAUUUUUUCAGACUUUGCUCAAAAGCGUGUGCCUAUAAUUGUUUAAUGAAUAGUGCUAUAGUUGUGUACAUGAUAGUAGCUUCAUUUUUCACUAUAGAAGAUAAAUGUACACAUAUUCGUUGUAGAGUAACUAAAAAUAAAGGGGAAAAAUGGAAAUGACCUGAAAGACUCCCACCCAGGUUUAACCACACAAACAUAUUAGGGCAGAGAAAUGAUUCUUAGCUGAGGGUGAACUUGUCCCCCCCAGGGGGACAUUUGGCAAUGUCUGCAGACAUUUUUGAUUGUCACAACCCUGGGAGGGGGCGGCUAGCGUCCAGUGGAGAGAGGCCAGGAAAGCUGUUAACUGUCCCGACAUGAGCAGGGUAGCACCCAUAACAAAGAGUUAUGGCCCGAAAUGUCAAUGGUACCGACACUGAUAAACGCUGGUGUGGAAAUUUCCAGAUGCUUUCAAUGCAUAUAUUGUAUAGUUUUUUCCCAAAAAGAGGGAUCAUAUUGAAUUCUUUUAAAACUUCCUCUUUUCACUCAAAAAUAUAUAACAAACUAUCUUACUUUAACUAUCCUUAGAUUAACUUUACGAAGCACCAACCUCAUUCAAACUAGAACUACUGAAAUGGCAGAUGAUGAAUUAUUUUUUUCUAAACUUAAUGCUUUAAAAUGUUUUUCAUCAAACAGCAACCUAGAGUUGGAGUUUUUAAGAGCCAAGUGCUGUGUGUUCUUUAAAGAUAAUUGAACCCCUCCCAAAUGUUGCUUCCUGAAAAUCACUGCCUCUGCAGAGAGGCUGGGGAACUGUUGGUGGUCGUCUAUCUUCCUUUGAGGGGUGGGACGCCCCUGGGCUUCCCUGCUGUGAACUCCCCUCUUGAAGUCUCUGGGAUCUUCAGCGACGGGUGUGUGAAGGCAGCCUUGGCGGUCGCUGCACAUCCUGCAUAAACCUUCGUGUCCAUCACUCACCUUCCUGCCGACUCCUCUGCCUGUGGCGGCUGCCACGUUUCUUUGGUACGUGAGUAGUUUCCAUCUGUAACAAGUUUUCCAGCUGGUUUUCCUUUCUGAAAGGGAUGCUGGGUUAAGGUUCUGAAAACACUGCUGCAACCAAGGCUCCUUCAGGAGGGUGAGGGUUGGUGUGUCGUGUUCUGUUCAUGCCGGUUGUCGGAGGCUCCUUCUGUCCUCAGGAAAGGCUGUCUGUUCAUGUGUUUCCCUAAAACUCUGCCUCUGGCACUUUGCUAAGCUUGGAAGCGCAUGAGGUAUUCGCUCCCUUACUUCCUCAACAGAUUUCCUUCGAUUUCUCAGUCUGUCAUUCUCUGGAUCCAGGGGUCCUUGCAGGCCCCCCAUCAAUUCAGAAGAUGGACAUAUGGCUCACACUUAUGUUUUCAUGCCCAGCCCGCUGAGAGGAUGAACACUGAUGGGGAUGAAGGCCACCGCCAUUUGCCUGCCCCUGGAACUGACUUCUGUGGGACACAGGAAUUAGCCACUGCUCUUAAAUGUCUCAUAGAGUUGAGAGAGUUUACAUAGGAUUCUUUCUUCUCGUGAAGUGCCCACUUCCCCAACCUGAAAUUGACUUGAAAUGCAGACACUUCAGAAUAUUUGAUGUGAGGGGGGGAAAAAACAAUGGGAAUUUUCAUCCCAACGCCCGAAAGGAAGCAUAGGAUAUUGGAUCUGUAUUAAAUCUGUUGGCUUUGUGCUUUUAAAAGAACUUGGGAUAUUUGACUAACAGAAGGACAUAUGGACAAAUGAAAAUAAGCCUUAGAAUUUUUCAAAUUGUCUGAGUGAUCGAUUAGCAGAAGAAGGAUCAUUGUGGUGUCCUGAUUGGACGUACGGACGCCAAAGCUAAGACACUUGGUUCAAUGUCCAGCACUGUCACUUCUUAGGCUGUCACCUUAGAAAAGUCACUGAACCUCUUUGGGCCAAAUUUGCUCACCCAUGAAAUGGGAUAAUAACUGCGCCUACCUCGCAGGGUGUGGGAGGUUUAAAGGAAUUAGUGCCUCUCAAGUGCUUAGAAGAGCGCCUGACAGGAGAUACAUGCUCGAUAAAUGUCAGUGGCAACAAAAUCACAGGCGGCAUAGACGAGAAUUUUCACGGACGCAUUAUUCAUUAAAAAAACCUUGAAAGAACACUAAUGUUUAUCAGCAGGAGAAAACUGUGACAAUGAAUGAACUACGCCUUCCAUGGCAACGUGGAUGAAUCCCAAGACAGAUUGAGCAGAAAGGGAGAUUCCUAAAAGAAUAUACAAAGGAUAUUUCCAUUUAUAUAAAGUCCUAAAACAUAUGAAAUUAAGCACUAUUCGUAUACUGGUAUGAAUGGAUAUGAUAUGAAUCAUAUAUGGGUGAAACCAUAAAGAAAAGAGAGGGAGUGAUUAACAGGAAGUUGAGGAUCGUGGUUCCCCCGUGGUCUGAGGGGAUGGGAGCAGGUGGAGCUCCCUGGGGCUUCAGAGGAGCUGUUCCCCAACUAUGGCAGAAGCAGGAUGCUCUUUGGAUGGUUCCUCUUUAAACUGAGCAUGUUUAUUACACAUGCCCUAGCACAUGUAUAUUUAACUGAGAAAAACAACAGUGGAACCCCAAAGGCCUGAAUUUCGUGUUAUUUUCACAGGUUCCUUUACCACUGUCAGCUUUGCACCACUGGUCAAGGCAUCUGGAGUUAUGAGAGCUGACAGGCAUUUUCCCUUGGAAGUCAGAAGCAAGUCUAUUUAGGGUUAUAUUCUGUUUACAAAGCUUCUUAGGUUCCAAAGUUUCGAUUAUGUUUAAAAUUUUGAACAGGAAAGAACUAUUGAUGGGUUGGUUAGUUGGGUUUCCACGGCGAAAGGAAUGUGCUGGACAGCUUGGCCUUGCUGAGAAGUGCGGAUGUUCAAAGAGUGAAUGCCUGAGCCCCGGCAGGAGACGAGGGGACACGGGAUGCGCACGAGCUUCUGCAAUGCAAGCACCUUCUCCCACUCACGGUCACCGAGGAGUGAAUAAGUAAUCAGACAUCGGGCAGGCAGGCCCCCCGACCAAACUGCAUAGUGCGGACAAAUCCGUCCUCAUGCAGCAGCCAAUAGCUGAUCUCCAAGGAAGGAGUAGGGUCUUAAGUGCCCGGCCUUUACACUUCAGCUAACUGUUCCCCUCAUAAUAAGCUUGCCGUGGUUACCAAUGCAUUUUGUAGUGACCAUUAGCAAAUAGAUGUCUUUGCUUUUCCUAAGUCUCAUAUUUCCUGCCAGUUUGUUGCCACCAGCUUCCAAAAUGAAGGAUUUGUGAAAUGACAGAUUUAAACAACACUUUCAGGUGGAAACACCUUUAAUCCAGGCAUAGUGAUGGACUUCAAACAUUUAACUUUACCCCCAAAAACAGCAUUAACAGAAGCAUAAUUAGGACAUUUGCUAAUAUUUCUUCUUAGCAGCCCACGUCAUCUGAGACCUGAGUCUCAGAAAUCUGCUGUCUACAUUCAUUCUGAGCAUCACAUUUUAACUAAGGCUUUAACCAACCAGAAAACAUCUGAGAGAGGAGCUGACAGCCAGGACACAGGACGUGUGGAGGAAAUCCAGGAUUUAGGGAAGUCCUGAUAGCCGCCAUAUGCAAAGGCCUUCCUAUGAAUGAGGAUACUCACAUGCGUUUCUUGCUUCAGAGAAUGGAAUUAGGACUCAUAUUUGGGAGUUGCUAGAAGGCAGAGCUCAGUCCCAAGCAAGGAGGGGCUUUCUAUAUUAGCUGGCAGCUCUGCAUUCUUAACUCCAUGAGGUACUGAGUUCCCUGUCAUAGGGAGGGUUCAAGUCCAGGCUGGUUUCUGCUGAGCCUUUUGCAGAGAGGAUUCCUCCAUGCGGCCGGGGUUGGAAUAGAUGAUCUCGAAGACAUUUCUACCUCAAAAUGUCUAGUAUGAAAAAACAGUAUUUGGAAUCCUCUUUAUUUCUCCCUUUUUUUUCUUUUUUCUUCCAGGCAGUUCACUAGCCAGUAACUCACGCUCUGGUUGUCAUAAAUUGCCAUGGGCCUGCCCUUUGCGGGUGGCUAAGGGGAGCCAAGUAGUGCCUCUCCUUGAAUGUAACACACAGGAGCUUAGAAAUUCCCCCCGAGGCACUCGCCCCCGACAGGCACUUCAGAGCUCUCACCCUGCCAGAAAAUGAGUCUGAGUCGUCUAGAAAUGGCAUCUUUCUUUCAUUUCCCCUUCUCGCUGCUAUCCUGCUUUAAGAAAGUCCCUUUUAUUAUUGUUUUUCCUUAACGAAGUUUUGGGGUUGUCAGACUGGGAAUACUGCUCACAAACAAGGCUCAGAAGGCAUCCUGUUUCCAUCAAUCCCCUUCUGACUGCUGGACCAGACUGGACAUCACCAGACAGCCACAGUCACAGAGGUACAGACACAGGAUGGAGUGAGAGCAGCUGGCAUUGUGAAAACUGCCUAUAUCACCCCCAAUCUGAAUAAAUACUGUCUGUUCUCAUCCCAGUUUUCCAGACCACCCUGGGGCAGCUACCCCUGGAAUGGAGAUGUCUCUGCAGGACAUAUCAGAGUGAGCUGUGAAAUAUAACUCAUUACUUACUGCACUCAAGGUCUCGGUACGCCUAAGUCUAAAAAUCGUAAAAAGUCUAAAAGUCUAAAAAAUGAGCUUUUCAACAGUAGAAAAAGUGAAAAUGGAGUGAAGGAGGGGAGAGAAGAGGGACGGCCUCAUAUUCCUCCUAUUGGCAGUGGGCAGCCCUGGGCCAAACUUGUGAUGAACUAACAAACACACCGAGAAACACGGGCGAAGACACGGGCAUUCACGUGCAAACUGUGCUUCAUGGGGAAGGAAUGGGAAUGACUCUAAAAACAUUCUCAUAUGUAAUCUAUUCCAGAAUCUUCUAAAAUGUAAACUCCAUGAGGGCAGGGGUUUUGUCUUGUUUUUUUUCACUAAUAGGUUCCCAGCACCUGAAACUUUGUCUAUCAUAUAGUAGUUGCUCAAUAAACAUUUGCUGAUGGAAUGUAUCAAUACAUGAAUCUUAAGAAUUAUAUGAAUUGGUGCCCAGAAAUAGACCCACACAAACAAAGUUAACUGACCUUUGAUCACGGCACAAAGGCUAUUCAGUGGUGAAAGGAUAAUGUAUUCGGCAAAUGGCAUUGAACGGUUGGACAUCCGUAUGCAAAAAAAAAAAAAAAAUCAUUCUAGACAAAGACCUUCCACCUUUCACAAAAAUUAACUCAAAAUGGAUCUUGGACCUAAAUUUAAAAUGUAAAGCUAUGAAACUUCCAGAAGAAAACACAGAGUCAAGUAGGUGACCUUGGGUUUGGCAGUGUUUAGUUACAACACCAGAAGCACCAUCAGAAAGGGGUUCUUGACUGAGGGAAGGCCAUGCAUAAGCUGAGUCUCUGAGAUGUACCUGCGCUUGCUCUUUGAGAGGAGGUCAGAAAGAAGACAGCUGGGCGUAGUGAGCCAGCAGGAGCCCGGAAGACGAUGAAGGCAGGGGGCGGGUAACGACCAGGAGCCUCGUGACAGCUGUAAGGCGUUUGGGUUACACUAUAGUGACAAUGGGAAGCCACUAGAGAGUUUUAUGCAGGAGACUAUCAUUUGAUGCCAUCAAUAAAUGUCAGUUGACUCUAAAUUUGGACGACUGUGUGAUGGUGGAUAGUGGGCGCCUUCACUUUACAAAAGAGAACACACCAGGAGAAAAUGAGUUGUUUUGGUUUGUUUGGGGGGGAUUGUGUUGCUUUUGCUUUUUAUUUUUGUAUUUGUUUCUGUUUUGCUGGGAGUUUGGAAUAAAGCAUGACUUUAGUCUGGGGACUACUGGCUUUGAGAUACCUGCACGUGUGGAGAUGCCAAGGUGGUGGUUGGGAAUAUAUGUCCAAGGAUUGAGGGAAAGGAUACAACUCAAGAGUUAACUGUCCUCAUAAAUUAGAAUCAGAGGGAGGAUCAGCUCAGGGAGAGCAUGGGCUACAGCGGAGGGAAGCCACGGACGGAAUCCCGGGAAAUUCAGACACUGAAGGAGAGGACAAAGGAACAACGCUGAGAGGGAGGAGGGAACGGAGAAAUGACAAAUAUAACUUUAACCAAGCCCCAUAUAACCUCUAGAAAAGGAAUAGGAGACCCCAAGUGAGAAAUUUCUGGAGAUAUAACUGAAAGGAAGACUCGAGGUCAAAGGAACUAAUGUGAAGAAUCCGGUAGAGGCAACACCAUCUCCUGUGUCAGCAAAGCCAGGUCCCAUGGAAGAGGGGCCGGUUGAGGCCAUGGGCAGAGCUACAGUCAAAAAGAAAUUAGGUUCCAGAAAAUUGAUCCUACAAAAAUACUUGAGCAAAUGCACAAGAAUGUAACUAUAAGAUGUUCAUCACUGCAUUUACCAUAAUAAAGAUUUUUAAAUAAUUCAAAUCUUUAACAAUAAAAGAUAAAUUAAUAUUGUUACAUCCAUACAAGGCAAAAUUAGGCAGCUAUAAGAAUAAAGGAACAUGUUCAUGUUAUGUUAGGCAGGAAAAUAUUAAAAAGUGACAAAAUGCAUCACAUUUUUAUAAAGAUACAUGUACACUUUUACCAAUACAUAUUUAUAAAUUAUACACAUAAAUGCAUGGUUUUUCUUUCUGCUCACGUUUUCUGAUCUCGUCAUGGACAUGUAUUACUUUGACAUUUUAAAAAGAACGAUGCAGAAGUUCUCUUAUGAGCACAUUUACUCUCUGUGAUGGGCACAGCCUCAGCAGAAGGGCCUCUGGGCUACUGCGUUUUUAAAGACCACAGCCUCGCAGAAAAAGUACUUAGGAUGGAGUGGUGAGAAUUAAAUGAAUGGUGUCUUUCCUAUAGUGUUCUAAGCACAGACACAGUGUACAAGCUCAGACGGCAACGUUCAAAAAUGUAUUUGAAGUUAGGAAGUAAAACCAGAUGAACACAGCGGAAGGUGGACAGUCCGGUGAGAUGCGCAUCGGGCUGGAAUUAGGAAGCAGCAGUGUCUACGACCGUAGGAGUAAUGACAGCUCUUCAACUCAGUCACAGGGGGCACACAGCCUUGUGAACCUUGACACUUUCACUUCAAAUGUUUAAAAGAACCAGAGUAAACUCUGGACUUGUCAGUCGGGUGCAUUUUCUGAAUGUCCUAAUACCGCUCAAUGUAGAACAUGUGCUCACUGACGGAAGCCGUGUUUGGUUGGCAUAGAAUCUGAAAAACAAAUACACAGUGGCAUAAG